AUGGAGGCUGUGGGACAAUCAGCAUCCACACACAGUUGUAUGGAGGUAGCAGCUACCAAACGUGGUGUGUUCUUCUUAACAUUCUUUAGCUACGUGUUGUUUCAUGCAAGUCGCAAGAGUUUCUCGGCCAUUAAAGGCGAGAUGGCGCUUGAACAAUGGCUACAUUCAAACCUUUUCUCUCGUGAGCAACAAGUUGAGAUGUUUGGACUUAUGGAUACACUUUUUAUGGUCUUUUAUGCACUUGGUCUCUAUGUUAGUGGCAUUCUAGGAGACAAACAUAACCUUCGACGUAUGAUUGCUGGUGGUAUGUGGGUUACAGCAGCUAUUGUUUUACUCUUUGGAUUAGGAGCGUUGAGUGAGAUCCAUGCGCUUAGUUAUUAUGCCAUACUAUGGGGUCUUAAUGGACUUAUUCAAUCAAGUGGCUGGCCGGCCAAUGUUGCAGUAAUGGGCAAGUGGUUUAACGAAAAAGAACGAGGUGCAGUAUUUGGAAUCUGGAGUGGAAAUGGAUGUCUUGGUAAUAUUGUCGGUACGGCCCUUGUCGCUUCAAUGUUUGCAUUGGUCGAGAAAACAUUAGCAUGGAAAAUAGCUCUUGUGGUAGCAGCUGGAUUGGUGGGUUUUCAUGGAUUAAUCAUUCACUUUUUCUUAUAUCCGGAUCCAAAGGAUGUAGCGUAUCGCCAUGAGCGACUAGAAGACGCCAAACCAGAUGUAGCCAUUCACAAAGAUCAAAUUGAAGAAAAUCUUGAUGUUGAAGAUGGAAAAGUUGAUGGGAUUGGGUUUUUCAAAGCCUGGUGUAUUCCUGGAGUUUUUCCAUACGCAAUGGCAUAUGCUUGUCUUAAGUCAGUUAACUACGCAUUGUUCUUUUGGCUCCCGUUCUAUCUUUCUGUCUCACUCCACAUGGACAGCUCACAAGCUGGUACUUUCUCGAUGCUCUACGAUAUUGGUCAAAUUUUUGGUGGUUUUGUCAGCGGAUUAGUCUCGGACAGAAUGGGCGUACGUUCUCCUGUAGUAGUAACGAUGUUGCUCUUUUCUUGUAUUGCGCUAUACGUUAUGAAUGGCGCGUCAUAUCAUGCGACUGCGUUGCUAUUGCUAACAUCAGGAUUCAUGCUCGGUGGUCCUGCUAAUUUGAUCAGUACAGCUAUUUCAGCUGAUCUUGGCACUCACGAGAGUAUUAAAGGGAAUGCAGAAGCUUUAUCGACUGUCACGGGAAUUAUUGAUGGAACAGGAAGUAUUGGAGCUGCAUUGGUACAAUAUCUGGUGGGAUACUUGGCGAACUGCCAAUACGAGCCGAAAGGCUGUAAUCCUAGGAGUCCUCAUUGCGUGCAAGUUUGUUCAUGGGGUCCAGUGUUUAUACUUUUAGAGGUUGGUACUGCUUUAUCGUGUGUCUGCCUUGCACAACUCUUGUAUCAUGAAAUAAUGCUUAUUCGAAGCCGACGUCACUAUUGCGUUCGCGAGAAUGAAUAA